AUGCGCAUGGCUAUGCGCGGAAGUAGCAGCAGCGCUGUGCGCAUGCCCCUGGGCAUGCGUGUACCAUCUGUGCAGCCGCGCACAUUUGCCACGUCCUUACGCCGCUUUGGUCAGGGCGAGACGGACAGCGACUUGUGCGCAAGCUUGCAGCAAGAAAUUACAUAUGAACGAGAAGCAUCUGAAGCAGCAGGAGGUGCAGAUGUAGACCCAGAGUGGCUCAGCCAGUUCCGCUCUGAAGGCGUGUGGAACAUCGAGGACAAGCCAGGUUCUGAUGAAAUUGCAUUGACUCGCAGUUUCGGCAAUGAGCAAAUCCGUGUACUGUUCAGCAUUGGUGAAAUUGACACAGCAGAACCGACUGAGGAGCUUGAUGCCGACGAGACGGAUCAAAUGGCGUCUGGUGGUACAGAGGAUGAGUUUGAAGGCAGCUUCCCUGUCCGCUGCGCCAUCAACAUUACCAAGGCGAAGCGCGGCUCUCUGAAUAUUGAUGCACAGGCCCAGGAUGGACAGUUUAUGAUCGAGAACAUUACUUUCUACCGAGACGAUGCGCUGGCUACGGAGCUUACAGCUGAUGCAGAUUGGGCUCGUCGCGGCCUGUACAUUGGUCCGCAGUUCGAGACACUGGACGAGAAUCUGCAGGCACAGUUCGAAAGCUUCCUGGCGGAGCGUGGCAUUGCCACAAACCUGGCAUUGUUCAUCCCGAACUAUGCGGAGUACAAGGAGCAACGCGAAUACUGCGGAUGGCUCGAAGGCGUCAAAUCUUUCGUAGAAGUAUAA